GUACCGUACUGAAGUGGAAGAUGUAAACGAGUUACGUAGAUAACGAGGGAUGAUGUACUUUGUGAUGGACCAUACAAGAGAAGGAUGUACUUGGGGAUGAAGCAUGAGAGAAAACAUGUAUUUGGUGAUGGUGCAUAAGAGAAAAAGAUGCACUCGGUAAUGGAAGAUACAAGAACAGAUUCAUUUUCGAUGGAGCAUAACAGAAUUGUAUACAUUUCCUGACAGAAUACACUAGAACCAGCGAUAAAGCAUAGGAGAAGAAACGAUUAUAAAGCAGGAAACCGUGCAUUUGGCGACAGAGCAUAAUAAUAAAGCGGUAGGCGACGACCAAUCUGGUGAUAAAACUGGUAGGUAACGAGGACAGAGAAGGAAACAAGCGGGUUUGCAGCACACGAUAAGAAAUGUAGGCGAUACGAGAGCAACGAAACUGAACACGUCAAGGGGGAGGGGAGACGAGAAGAAAAACCAGAAAAGAACGCGCUGUAAAUAAUGAAAAUAUAAAAAAGUGUACGUCAAGAUACGAGUAAAUCCCAAAAACCCUUUGACCCGAUAACCUUUCGCCACGCCAUCCAAGGUCACGUGCACCGGAGGAAAACAUCGGAGUCGCUCGAACGAGGAUAAAGGUUGAACCUGCAGACACCUCUCACGGUUACGCGCAGACGGCGUCGAGCCCCGAAAAAUGGGGUUCCGAGGGAUAAAGAUGCAGGAGGAAUAUUAUGGGAUGGAUGCUCGGGCAAUCUCCGUAAUACGGAGGAGGAGCGAAACGAGUUUUUCCGAUCGAUACGGAGGCGAGAAACACCAGGCGUCACACCCAAACGUCUCUGACGUCACCGUCCCGUCCGGUCUGUGUUCGAGGUUGCGUUUCGGCGCAUGCUCGACUGGCGGACGGCCGUAUGACGUCUUCGGUGGAAGAGGAGCGACCAUGGUGGUCGAGAGCGUCAUAAAUGCCCCUCGCUCGGCCGCCUCGUCCAAAAGCAACGUCGUCGUCCUUCGGCGGAGGCUCCUCUGACACACUUUAAAACCCUGGCGUAGCGUCCGAUGAGAUGCCGCAUGUCGAUGUCUUAGGGGUUUAUCGGUAGUUUCGUAUCACUCGCCAUGUCUACGUUCGUCCACAUCUGCUUGUGUUUGAUGGCCGUCUGUUGGUCUUCCGCCCUGGAACAAUGUGGCGACAUAAGAUUCGGCGUUCGUUCCGGGGUCAUUAGAUUGCCCGACCUUUCGGGUCAGCUCGUAGAAGACCUCAACUGUUCCUGGACCUACACGGCACCCCCGGGUCACAAAUUAUUAGUUAAAGUGGACAGCGUGCAGUUGCCAUCUAUAAACGUGAGGACGUCGUCGCUCCAGUUGUACGUCGACGAACAACGGUACGACAUUCCACGUAACUGCGUCCAGUGUUUGAGGGAGAUGAUAGGGGGCAAGAAACUCAAGGUGACGUUCGUUUCCCUCGUCCGACCCUUUUCGGUGGAUAACGUCUCUUUGGAGGGGGAUUUCGUCCUCUCCUCUCAGACCGUCGGAUCCUUCCAAGUCAGAUUCAAGUCGUUCGAUCCUUAUCGCUGCGAUAAACCCAAAGCGCCGGAUAACGGAUACGUCAUCGAUAAGGGGUGGAAGCUUCAUCAGGAAAUUACCUACCACUGCAACCCCCCCUACGAUUUAGUAGGAGAUGCCAACGCUACCUGCACUGUACUGGAGGAGAAUCCCGUGCCAGAUUGGAACGUACCACCCCCGAAAUGCAUCAUCCGUAAUUGCAGCAAAGGUACCAUACGAAGGGAAGCGGGAGCGGGUGCUAUAGCCCAUCCAGGUUAUCCCAUCCGCAUCCUGCUUCCUCCCACCCCCUGCCGGUGGGAGAUUGAGACUAAAUCGGGACACAUACGAGCCAUACUCACCUACCUCAGAAACCCGAGUGGAGACAAACUCGAAAGGUCCACGCGCGUGGCACUGUAUGAUGGCUCGACGUCCAACCCUAUCGUCCCUAGCCACGACGCCGGACAACCGUUCAACUUCACCACUCGAUCCAAGAAACUCAUCGUCCAGUACUCAAGUGCCCAGGAGAAGAGGGAGGGAGGCAAAGUUGGCUUCUAUCUGGAAUACUCUGCAGUCGAGAGCUCUUGUCCCGAUCCCGGUUCUCCCGCCAAUGGCGAAGUGGUGGCUUACGGUUUGACCGUGGGAUCGAUCAUCUCCUUUAGAUGCUCCAGCGGAUACGUUCUGGUGGGAGAGUCACACGCCGAGUGUCUGUCCAGUGGACACUGGAGUGCUGCCAGGCCCACUUGCGAGGGCCCGGUUUCUGCCCCGUUCGAGACUCUACUGACAGUUUCUAAUCGCAGUGAUACGGUCACUUCCAACUUCACCGAGACCCCUCCCCCCUCCAAGCCUACAACGGUGCCCAAAAAGAAGUAUAAACCCGUACCCAGUGUCAAAUCUCCCACCAAGCCUCCUGCCAUCCUAUCGAAGGGUACCUCCGUGCAUAAUACUCAAGACAUGAUCGACAAGACCCCAGAAAAGCCACUAACAGAAGGAAAAAGUGGGCCAAAAUCCGAGCCUCACCUACAACAGAUUAUACCGAAGGAGCCAAGCAAACCACGAGAGCAUCAGAGACCGGAAAUGGGACCAACCCAAGACGAUACGGGGAAGAAUCCAUCACAAGUGGAAGGUGAAGAAGUAGGAGGAUCUGAAGACAGGGAUGGUAUAGAGUUCAGUUUAACAAUGAUCGUCAUCAUAGCCGGGGUGGCCGGACCAUUGCUGAUAGCUUUUGUAGUAUUGGUGGUUUUGCUGGUUUAUCGAAAGCGUUACCCUGUACGAAUGCGUUUUGGUAGAAAGUUCUCGACCUUCGAAAAUCCCAUGUACGUACGAAAAGACGCGCAACAUCCUCGAGAAUUGAAAAGGUUAACUACCUGAAUGCCCGAGAGUUCCUCCGUGUUUUUGCAAUUCGUAUUCAUUUAUUUUAUUGGUUUCGAUCUUCCAAAAUGUCGAAGAUUCCGCCGAACUUCCGUCGCAGCAUCAUCGAUUCCGUGCCAAUAUCCGGAAGUACGUUCAACUUCCGCAUAUUUCCGUUCGAGAACGUGUGUACGUGUGUCCGAAAUGGGUCCAAGGAUCCAGUCGUGCCAAUGAUUAUACACACACACACACACACAAACAAACAUAAAUAUAUAUAUAUAUAUCUACGUUCCGCGUCGAAUGACGAUUUUCCGCCCCACACGUGCGUGUCUGGCAUCCCGUCACGCGUGACGAGCGUGGUAUCCAUCCCGAGCUCGUUUGUAUUGGCCAUAAGUAUUUUUGUACGAUGCUUCUCUUUUCAGUUGUGUACGUGUACGUUCCCUUCUCGAUGCUCUUGUUUUUCCUCAUUCCCUCAAAAGAUGUAUUUUGUCAACAUGAAUGUACAGAACCGUUUUAACCAUGUUUUUAAGAGAAAGUAUCUUAGACUCGAAUAAAGAAUUGGACCAAUACUUGUCUAAAUGUA